CAAUUUUUUAAAAUCCCAAAGGAAUUUGACAUGAUGAUUGACAGUCGUGACAUUAGAUGAAGAUCUGUGCUUGGAAAUGUGUAAUGUUUUUAAGAGUACAUAUUGAGAGUUAAAUACAUGCCAUCCUCAGAGUUUUCCAGAGCUUUCUACAGCUAUUGCAGAGUUCUUUUCUGGGACAAUAUCUCUCUAUACUCUAGUUCUCACACAUAACAGCUAAAUAAAAACCUUAUUAUAAUAGAAAUAAAGUAUUAAAGUUCAUACUUUAUUUUCAGUAAUUAACAAAAGUCAGAUGUCCUGAAAAUCAAAUACUUAGCAAAUAAUUUUAUUUUUUUUGACCUGAUAGUUUCCUUCUCAUAAAAAUUUAAUUAUAUCCUGGACACAAAUGACUCAUGAAAACACUUUAUAGAGACACAUUCUUUGCUUGUAUCUACUCUCAGGACCAUAGAAAAUGGCUAAUCUACAGGUUAGAGAGAAAAUAGGGCAGAACCUCCAAGAGGAGAGGAUGAAUUUAAAACAGAGUGGAAAUCUUUUGAUUACUGUACUCCACUUAUCCAUCACCACACAGUGAAAGUCCUACAUUCUUUUCUUGUUUUUGCCCAAUCAAUAAAGAAGCUCUUUGGAAACCAGGUACCAGCGAUGUGGAAAGUAGUUACAUAGAAUUAAUUCUGGAUGAACAGUUCUAGAGAUGUGUUGAUCAACAAUGUGUGUUUCUAGACUGUAUACUUAAAAAUGUCUAAGAUGGUAUAAAUAUUAUUUUUUUGUUUACCACAAUUAACCGCAAGAGUUAAUUCUGCAUUAUUGUUUCUGCUUUUAAUCAACCAACAAAUACCUAAAUACCUUGCUUCUUUAAAGGAUAUCACGAUAUGUAUCAGGUCUCAAGGAACUAACUAGCAAUCACACUGGGAAGAAAAAGUUAAAUAUACAUAAAAAUUAACUAAACAAUCUCUUUUCUCAUAAGAUGGUGCCAAAGGUGAAGAAGGAAGCUCCUGCUUCUCUCAAAACCAAAGCCAAAGCCAAGGCUUUGAAGGCCAAGAAGGCAAUGCUCAAAGGUGUGCACAGAUGCAAGAAAAAAGAACCAUACAUUACCCACCUGUGGCAGCCGAGGAUACUGUGGAGGCCAAGGCAGCCCAGAUAUCCUUGGAAGAGUGGCCCCAGGAGAAACAAACUUGACCACAGAGCCAUCAUCAAGUUCCCCCUGACCACUGAGUCUGCCAGGAAGAAGACAGAAGACAACAACACAUUUGUGUUCACUGUGGAUGUCAAAGUCAGCAAGUGCCAGACCAAACAGGCAGUGAGGAAGCUCCAUGACUUCCAUAUGGCCAAAGUCAACACCCCAUUUAGGCCUGAUGGUGAAAAGAAGGUGUAUGUUCGAUUGGCUCCUAAUUAUGGUCCUUUGUUUGUUGCCAACAAAAUUGGGAUCAUCUAAACCACAUCCAGCUGACUAAUUCUAAAUACAUACCUUUUCACCAUAAAAAGAAAAAAAAAAAAGAAAAUUAACUGACAAUCCCAGGCAAUUAAUGAUACCAAGUGAGGAAAAGUGACACAAAAUUUUAUAGGCAGGAGUCUUUUGGGACUACAGGGAUAGAAAUACUUAUUUGGUACUUACAUGGCUUUUAAACCAUUUUAAUAUGCAUUUUCUAACUUGACUC